AUGUAUUUGUACUCGGAAUCCAUAGAGUCUGGCCCGGUGAGUUUCAUGUUCCAGGAUGCUGGGAAGACGGCUUUCCUGCUCCGUGAUUUACACAGACUCUAUUACAGCUAUGAAGAAGGCACAGAGAAUGGUGUGAUGACCUUGCUGAACUGUAAUACAAGUGACCUGGUGGAGGAGGGAGAGUUCAUACAGGAAGUGACCAUUAGUCCCCUGAGAGAGAUCAUCAUCCACACCUCACGAAAUCAUUUGUUUCACAGUAAGAUGAAGAUGAAUCAAGUUCUGAAGCUGGAGUCAGGAGAACUGCCCAGCUCAGAUGUGGUGGUAAGGUUUGAUGCUCUAGAUAGGAUGUACCUGAUGGUGUUAGAGAACGGUACCCUGACCAGCAGAAUUUAUCCACUGAAGAAUGAGAUAAGCAGUGGGCUUUUUCCUCUACAACAGUGUCCUGUGAGUUGA